GCCCGGCGGUGGCGGCUGGCGGCGGCGGCUGUGAGGGGUUCCCGGAAGAUGGUGCUGAUUAAGGAAUUCCGUGUGGUUUUGCCGUGUUCUGUUCAAGAGUAUCAGGUUGGACAGCUUUACUCUGUUGCAGAAGCGAGUAAGAAUGAAACUGGUGGUGGAGAAGGAAUUGAAGUCCUGAAGAAUGAACCUUACGAAAACGAUGGCGAGAAGGGACAGUACACACACAAAAUCUACCACCUGAAGAGCAAAGUUCCUGCAUUUGUGAGGAUGAUUGCUCCUGAGGGCUCCCUGGUGUUUCAUGAGAAAGCCUGGAAUGCCUACCCCUACUGCAGAACAAUUGUAACGAAUGAAUACAUGAAGGACGACUUCUUCAUCAAAAUUGAAACAUGGCACAAACCUGACUUGGGAACACUAGAAAAUGUUCACGGUUUAGAUCCCAACACUUGGAAAACUGUUGAAAUUGUCCACAUAGACAUUGCAGAUCGAAGUCAAGUUGAACCAGCAGACUACAAAGCUGAUGAAGACCCUGCAUUAUUCCAUUCAGUCAAGACCAAGAGAGGACCCCUGGGACCUAACUGGAAGAAGGAACUGGCAAACACCCCCGACUGUCCUAGGAUGUGUGCCUAUAAGCUGGUGACCAUCAAGUUCAAGUGGUGGGGGCUGCAGAGCAAAGUAGAGAACUUUAUCCAGAAGCAAGAAAAACGGAUAUUUACGAAUUUACAUCGCCAGCUCUUCUGUUGGAUUGACAAGUGGAUUGACCUGACAAUGGAAGACAUUAGGCGAAUGGAGGACGAGACUCAGAAAGAACUAGAAACAAUGCGUAAGAAGGGCUCCGUCCGAGGCACGUCGGCUGCUGAUGCCUAGAUGAGUCCCCUGUAGGUCAGAGACAUGAUCAGACUGUCUACGGAGUCAAGGCCAAGUGAGGGGAACCAGUGCGGCCUGUGAUGACUGAAGCCACCAGCGUCUCAGUGUUGGACGUUUCCAAUGUGUGUCUCUGACAGUUAGAGCACACAUGUGCACAUGCGCAGACACACACAUAUUCUUACACACUUACGCGUGUGUGAAUAUGUGUGUGUGUGUGUGUGUGUGUGUAGCUGUAUGUAAAGCACAUAUGGCUACAGGUCUAGAUACACACAUGAGUGUAUAUAUGUGUAUGUACAUGUAAAGAUCGAAGGGAGCAGGACAUUCUCUCCAAAGUUCUGCACCUGCCUUCAACAAAAUUACUAAAGAAAAUAUUUUCAAUAUAUAUACCUGGAACAGAUAUUAAUAAUCAUCAACAUGAUGCCCUUGAUGGACAAACGGACUGCGCUGUGGUGCCCCGUGGUGCUGGCUGGCGUGCUUCAUGAAUGCCAGGUGUGGACCAGUGUGUACAGCCUUUGGUUAUGUUUCUGUUUUUUCAAGUCACCACAUACACACACUUAGUCUCAUUCCAUCAGCAACAACUCCUACAGAAAGAUUUCUUCAAAUUUUUAGAUACUCCAGUGACUUUGGAAUGUAAACUCUGGAUGUAUUUAUAACUAUUUAUUUCUGGGUGGCCACUAUCUUCCAGCCAAAUCCAACAUUAUCUGUCAAGUAAGGAGUCAAAGCUCUUUAUUGGCUUGCCCGAGGGUUGGGGAAAUCCUUUUUUAAAAAUUGCCACUUUUUAUUGGAUUUUUGUAUUUUGAAUUUCAAGUAUUUUUCUACAUCAAAUCUAGGAAAAAAAAAAUUCAGUGAUGACGGUUUGUGAUUUAUAAUAAACACUAGACAAUAUUCAGACCCUGGCUAAGCAAACAGCGAUCGAGCAGUUAACCCGAGUGGUCUCGCAGGCUGUGCGGGCCCUUCUGUCUGUGGAGUUUUGUUUCUGAGAUGGCUUUUCUGGAAUUACAGCCUGGAGACUUUGUGGAUGGUCUGUAUUGCUCUCAGCUCACAGGGUGGGAGAGCUCUUUUUCUGUUGCAGUCCAAGCCAGGAGGAAAUGAAGAGCUAGGAAGAGCUUGAGUGUGACCCAGGUCUUAGACCUGAGCGCUGCUGCCAAUUCUGCUUCCCCCGGGUUGCUCCUCCUCUUCUGCCUAUGCUUUUUCCUUUAAGAGAAAGGAGCAGUAGCUGGGUAGACUUUUCUUUCCUUAUGACCUUUCUGUCUGAUGCUGUUUCCUCUUGUUAGCCCUGGGACCCUGACCAGAACCACACUGUUGAAUCCUUCAGGUUACACACUGCCUUUUUAACCUCCACCCCAGAACACAGCACCCUGCCGUCAGAGCACGGGAGUGACCCCUUUGUUGGCAGACUUGGCCUUCAUGUCCCCUCCGCCCUGCCCUGUGUCCCAUGGGAGCAAUGGCAGAGAUUCCCACUGCAUUGCACUGCCUGUUGCCCUCAGCAGCAAACCCUGGGUUCUAACCCUGGCACUGGAGAGCCCAGCCUUCCCCAGUGAAACCAACUCAAAGACAGCCAUAGUUUCCUUGGGAGCUUGGGCACACAAGGAAACGAGAGCCUGGUGUGGACUCCCGUGUUGUUCUAACAGCUGUGGAGACUGAGGGAUGUGUGAUGAAUUUAAAGCACCUGGUUUACUUGCCAGUCUCCUGUGUAAAUUACAGUAAAACAAAGUAACUGAAACUGAAACAAAAUAAAUUGAUCUCAAAACUC